AUCCUUGUAGAUAGAUUCUUAAAUCUACAAACCUAGAAAUAUAGUUUCGUGAUAAGUUUUCUUUUAGAAACUUGUCAAAAAUGCUGCUGCCUGACAAGAAGGUCUCCGAAAAUGAGAAAUGUGUCAACGUGAGCCACUUGGCCCGAUUCUCUUUGUCCUGCUAACCAUGUCAGUCAGUCCGGGUAGUGUUCGCGGGGAGCAACAGACCCCGCAGAUGCAGCCUGCGCAGCAACAACCGCCGCUUCAGUCGAUAAUGUCAGCCCCGCAGCAAGUGAAUCCAUUGCAGAUGCUGGAGCCGAGCCGAAUGCAACAGCGUUUGCCGGUGGACUAUGUCAACGGAGUGCUCAGCCUAAAGGGCAGCCUGUUGUCCAAAAAGGGCUGGGGUUACGGAGCUAUUGCUAAUCAGGAGAUGGAUUCUCCGGUGGCGGGAUUGAAGUACACGCCGCAGACAAGCGAGAAGGGUUCGCAACUGCAGCCAGUCGUCGAGUUGCAGCCACAGGGGCAGCCGCAGGAGCAGCCACACGAGCAGCCGCAGGAGCAGCAACAUCAGCAGUCGCAACAGCAGCCACCGCAGCCGUCCCAGCAGUCGCCGCAGCACAUUUUUCAGAUGAAUGGGAACAAAUCGAAUCGCUAUAGCCAGCUAUUCCCGUCCCCCCACCUCUUUCAGCCGCCGUUUGUGCCGCUUCCGGCGGUGAAGCCGGAGCCAGUGGUCCAGGAGAUAGUGCCCACGCAGGAGCAGUUUGAGUUGCUGAAGCAGCUGGCCGAGUUUUUCUCCCAGCGGCAGCAGCUACAGCAGCAACUGCACGAGGGCAUGGCCUUCGCCAAGGUGGACGCGAGGGAUAACAAGAAUGCCUGUGAGGAGGAGACCACAACUGCCGCAUGUGUGACAGAAACCUGUGCGCAGGAAUCGGUAUCGGUGGACGUAAAGAACAAGAGCGGGGAGAAGACGGAGGCCACUACGAAAGCGCAAACGACAGUGGCUCCCAAGACCACCAGCGCUCCGAGCCCCAAGACCACCAAAGCCACGACCCAGAAGUCCACCAAAGCCACAACCAAAAAGCUGCCCUGUUGCACAAAGUCACCCAAUGCCAAUGUGAUUAGUUUCUCGCUGAACAUCCAGAACGAUGACAUCGAUGGCUCAAAGCUGUUGCAGCCCAAUCCUCGUCGCAGUGGUCGGCAUGUGAUUCACCCUGAUCUGCGGAUCAAUGCCAUAGCCAACUUGCUCAAAUAUCGGGCCAAGAGGGCCGAAAGCAAGACUCAAUAUCAAGACUCCAAUGUCCAGGGCUCCACUAAGAUGCGAAGACAUGAACCGGAAUACGAGACUCCCACGCAUCGAAGGGUCUUGGAGAGGAGUGAACUGCUCGAAGCUGAGCUUAAAAUCUGGCCUACGAGUUUCAGAGCUAAUAGAUCCUUUGCCCCGAAUUUCUAAUUAAUAUUUUUAUAUUAAUAUACUAUUAAUAUAUUUUUUUAUUGGAUAUUUUAAAUAAAUCAUAGUUUAAGAUAUUAUUAUGCAAA